ACCCGGGGUUUCUUUUUCCUUUUUCUUUUCUCAAAGAAAAUGUGCAUUUAAUUUUCGAGAAGAUUAUGAUAUAUGGUUGAACAUCGCAAUUGUUGAACAAACAAUGAAUUGCCUUGAACUAAAAUUUAACAGAAUAGAAUACCCUGUGUCUCAACUCUCUCUCUCUAUCAUGAAAUUUCUUUUCUCUUCCCUUUCUUAGGUUUAAACUUGAAACUGAGUGAUUUCAGAAUGACCCAUUAAUGUUAUGAUCACUUUGGAACCGUUGGGUAGAAAGAAUACGCAAUAUUGGAUUUGUUUCUUCACUUUGGUCAAAGAAAUAGUAUCUGGUUUCGAGAAUAUUCUAGUUGUAAUAUGGGCUAUCUCAAUUCAGUUUUGUCCUCUUCUAGCCAGGUUCAUGCUGCUGAUGAAGCACUUGUCAGCGGUGGGGGUCUCAGUCAUAAUGGCAAAUUCAGCUACGGGUAUGCUAGCUGCCCUGGCAAGAGAUCUUCAAUGGAAGAUUUUUAUGAAACAAGAAUUGAUGGUGUCGAUGGUGAAAUCGUUGGCCUUUUCGGAGUUUUUGAUGGUCAUGGUGGUGUUCGUGCUGCCGAGUAUGUCAAGAAAAACCUGUUCAGUAAUUUGAUCAGUCACCCAAAAUUUAUUUCUGACACCAAAUCAGCAAUAGCUGAUGCGUAUAACCAUACCGAUUCUGAAUUUCUGAAAUCAGAAAAUAGUCAUAACAGAGAUGCAGGAUCAACUGCUUCGACUGCCAUUUUAGUUGGUGACCGAUUGCUUGUUGCAAAUGUUGGGGAUUCUAGAGCUGUUAUAUGCAGAGGUGGUAAUGCCAUUGCUGUUUCUCGAGAUCACAAGCCAGAUCAAACUGAUGAGAGGCAAAGGAUUGAAGAUGCAGGAGGCUUUGUCAUGUGGGCUGGAACUUGGAGAGUUGGAGGUGUUCUUGCUGUUUCCCGUGCAUUUGGUGAUAGACUCCUGAAGCAGUAUGUUGUUGCUGAUCCAGAAAUCCAGGAAGAAAAGGUUGACAGCUCCCUUGAGUUUCUUAUUUUGGCCAGUGACGGGCUAUGGGAUGUUGUCUCAAAUGAGGAAGCUGUUUCUAUGAUUAAAGCAAUUGAGAAUGCCGAGGAGGCAGCAAAGAGGCUGAUGCAAGAAGCAUAUCAAAGAGGUAGUGCUGACAAUAUCACAUGUGUUGUUGUUCGUUUCUUGAUGAAUCAAGGUGCUUCUUCUCAUAGUACCUCUGGAUGAUCAUCCUUCAGUAGAAGGUUUGUGCAUAGAUGAGUUGUGGAUCCAAAGAUGGAGACUUGUAAAAAUCGGUUUAUAGUUAAUUAUAAGCACAAUCUAGUAGAUGGUGUAUCAUGCAAGAGUUGGAAAUAAAUUCCAACUUGUUAUGGUACUUUUGCAUUAAGCUGUUCACUUUCUCCCCUCCAUAUUUCAGCCUCUAUUUGGUAGCUAGGAAAAAGAAUGAUUUGUGUUAGGAGUGUGUGGCCAGCGUUCUCAUUGCACCUGCUGCAUAUAAAUACGGUUCUUUUUGUUCAUCUAAUUUCCGUAGAGUUAGUUAUUUCAAUUCCAUGCAACACUCUUUAUCUAUCUACGUGAAUUUUGGCUUUGUAUCCAGUGAUAUAAUUAUAAGAAACACUGAUCUUUUUUCCCUUGUG